UAUGUCUGUGUGUGGAAGGGGAACGCUGCAUAAAAAUAGUAUAAAAGCAUAAAAAGCAGGAGAGAUUAAAGGCAACGAGUAUGCGAUAUGAUGUACAAAUGCGCAUAUAUUCAUCAAUGGAACGGACCAGUGAGGCUGUCUAAAGCCAGGUGCUGACUCAAGACGUACUCGAGGCUGGAGCCUGCUGUCCUGCCUGAAGGAGGGGUGCCUCUGUCGUCACACAAACACACACACACACACACACAAUCCACACGGAGCUGCGGCUAGAGGCAGAUAUAGAGACAGGGAGACACUGAGGAACACCCAGACUACCAUAAACCAUGGCCGAUAUGGAUGCGCUGACUGUGGCUCUGAACGCCAUCAGUGUGAGCACUGAGCUCGUAGAGGAGGAACUGAAGCCUCAUUUGGACACCCUAUUGAAUGUCUUACUGGAGAAGAAAAUGGGUGCUGCAGAGCAGAUAGCCUCGAGUGGAAUACUGCCUACACUGGCCCAGACACUGAGACAAAAAGGCUCCCUCACAAUACAAGUGACGCUGUUGGUGGCUGAAACGGCCAGAGAAGCUUCUGUAAGAGAGAGGUGUAUCCAGGCAGGCCUGGUGACUGCUCUGGUGCCUUUACUGAACAGCCCGGACCAAGAGCUGCUGCUGCAUGCCGGCCGUGCCAUCGGACGCAUCUGCUUCGACAACACUGUGCAACAGACUCAGUUGGUGAAGAGUGGUGUUAUCCCCAGACUGGUGGCCAUUAUGCACCAGUACCCAGAGAAUGAUCCACUAGUCAAUGUCUGCCUUCUGGCCUUGUGUAAUCUUGCUGAUAUGGAUGCAGCGAGAGAAGCUUUGGCAGAAGUCGGGUUGGCAGAUGUUCUGACCUCACAGCUGAAGCGUGCACCAGAUGCUGAGCGCCGCCAUCUUAUCUUAGAGGUGCUGGGCUCCUUGGGAGAGAGUGAUGCACUGAAGCUCCAGUUUGUCGAGGGUGGCGUGCCUGAAGCUCUCUCUGAAAUGAUUAGAGGAUUGCAGAGUGACUCUGACCCUCAUGACCUGUGUAGUAUAAAAAUAGCGUCCAACCUCAUUGUAACACUGCUACUGGGGGAUGAAUCCAUGCAGAAAUGUUUUGGAGAGGGAACAGGCGUUGUGUAUCAGGAUGUUUUGUCCUGGCUACAGUCUUCUAACACUCAACUUCAACUGUCUGGAGCUCUGGCAGUUGCCAACUUUGCCAGGAAUGACAGUAAUUGUGUAAAGAUGAUGGAACUGGGCAUUGUCCCGUAUAUCCUGGAUCUGCUAGAGCAUCAUGUGGACGAGGGUGAUGUGUCAGUGCAGCAUGCAGGCCUUAGUGCUCUCAGAAAUCUUGCUAUACCAGCAUCUAAUAAAGUGCGCAUGCUGGAGGAUGGCGUGAUUCAGCGGAUCAGGUCUCUGCUUCGCUCCGACAUGCCUCCCGUCCAGUUCAAGCUGCUGGGGACUUUGCGUAUGAUGGUGGAUGGCCAAGAUGAGGCAGCUACAGUUUUGGGCAAGGAUGAGAUUUUAUUGGCACGGGUUAUGGAGUGGUGUGAAGCAAAAUACCAUGCUGGUGUAAGAGGAGAAGCCAAUCGGCUUUUAGCAGCACUUAUAAGACACAGUCGCUCACCAGAAGUCAUCCAUGCUGUUAUCAAGGCAGAUGGGGUCCAAUACCUCAUCUCUAUGGCAACCAGUGAACACGUCAUUAUGCAGAAUGAGGCUUUGGUUGCUCUAGCCAUCGCCUCUGCAAUAGAUAUUGAGGUGGUGGAAGAGCCGUUCAGUCAUGCUGAUCUGCUAUCCACCCUGAAGAAAAUGCUAGAUGACCCUGUAGGUGCAGUGGAAGUCAAAUUUAGCACAUUGGGGCUAAUUUGCAGUCUGGCCAACUCCAGCACACUGAAGGAGCAGAUGGACGCUCUGAACCUGAAAGACAGCUUGUCCAAGCUCCGCAGUCAUCCCAGCACCAAGCUGGCCUCACAGGCAGUCACAGUGAUGGAAGUACUCUCUGAGACUAGCUAGACCACCUGUCCAAACUCUCUGAUUGAUGGGACUGCUGACUAGAAGCACACUGUGUAUCCACUUCAUACACUUCUCAUCAACCCAGUCCCCAGACUGAAGCGAUCUGAAACAAUCUGUCCGUGAGCUCUGUAGGAAGUGAGGUAAUGGCAUUCUGGCAAAGGAGCUUAACUGGCUCAUAAAUAAAGUAUCAUUAUAUGGUACAUUUCCUAUUAGCCCACCUGUGAUAACCUUGAGGAUAUACAGUACAGUUAAAAGCCAACAUAUCAAUAUGCUUUCCGUCUCCUGCACACGAGCACAAUUCUUUCUAAAAUCCAUUUCUUUAUCUGAACACUCUGAAGAGGUUAUUAUAAUUUAUAUAUAAUAAUAAUAAAUAACAGAUUCGGGGAGGCACGGUGGCUUAGUGGUUAGCACGUUCGCCUCACACCUCUAGGGUUGGGGGUUCGAUUCCCGCAUUCGCUUUGUGUGUGUGGAGUUUGCAUGUUCUCCCCGUGCCUCGGGGGUUUCCUCCGGGUACUCCGGUUUUCUCCCCCGGUCCAAAGACAUGUAUGGUAGGUUGAUUGGCAUCUCUGGAAAAUUGUCCAUAGUGUGUAAUUGUGUGAGUGAAUGAGAGUGUGUGUGCCCUGCGAUGGGUUGGCACUCCGUCCAGGGUGUAUCCUGCCUUGAUGCCCGAUGACGCCUGAGAGGCACAGGCUCCCCGUGACCCGAGGUAGUUCAGAUAAGCGGUAGAAGAUGAAUGAAUGAAUGAAUGAAUGAAUGAAUAACAGAUUCUAUAUACAGAUUAUAAUUACAUAUAGACUGAGUUUUCUGCUCAGAUAUAUGCGCCUUGGAUUUAGUACUGGCUCAUUUUCUCUGACUGGUAAUGAAUCUAGCCUAGGAAUUGGAAUAUGUUGCUUUUUGUUUGAGUAGGUGUGAAGUUUGUGUAAAUAUGACUCUCUGUCCUCCACUACAUUACCCAUACUCUUUGUUAAGAGGAUCACUGUUCUUGCCUGAGAAAAUGAUUUCCAUUUGCAAUAAUUAUCUAGUCAUUAUAUUAGAAUUAUAACAUAGCUGGUUGUACUAAUAUUUAAUAGUUUUUUUUAAUGCAAAUAUUUUGAUCAUGUUGAUCAUUCUAUUAGCUACCCAUGAAUACAAGGAAGGUCUGAGUCCGUAUUAGCAAUACCAAGAAAUGUAACAAGAGUUGUGUUUAAGAUACUCUAAUCUAUUAUAUGAAUAGCAAUUGUGCAAUCAUUGAUGUGUUUUUAAGUGUGACUGUGCUGUGGGUUAAUACAAAAUCUCUACACUAUAUAUGUUGAACUGUGUCACUAAUCUAUUCUUGAUUCUUUACAAGAAAAAUCACAGCUGAAAAGAAGUAAAUUUACAAUAGGCAGAUGAUGAGUGGAGAAGGACUAUCUGAUAAAAUCAGUUGAUGGUGAUGAAUCUUAGGGACUUUGAUUAGGAAAGCUAUUGGGUGACACAACUGCCCCACUGCAUCACCCAUCCUCUCAACAGCAAUUCAUUACAGGCAAUUUAUCAAAUACGUCACCUCUAUAUUAGACUAGACCACUAGACUAAAUUGCACAAUCUCUGUCUGUCCUUGAUACUGCCACUGUAGCAUGUUGAGUAGAUUUAUAAAUGGACUGUUUGUAGUGUUAUACUAGAAACAGUGUAAUGCAGAAAGCGGUAAAAAAGGUUUUUUUUUUCAGGUUUAGGCAGUGGUUACAUUCACCAGGAAUAUUAUGAAGGGUGCUGUAGCAAGCAAUGCCGUCACACCCUGACUCCAGAGUUUCUGGAUUGAUCUUGAGCUCAGCUCAUCUUCUUGUGUCUGAUUGCGUCUUGUUUUCUCCAGUUUCUUCACACCUUAU